UUUAAUAAUGGGCAGUAUCAAUGCGGUACUCUCGUUCACAAUGCUGACGCUUCUCAUAGUGCUGGCAGCUGAAGUAGGCGCUAUAGACACGUCGGUGGUCUUCGCCGGAGACAUCGAGAUGCAAGCCACCAUCACCGGCCUGUACGCCAUGACCAUCAUACUGGUCUUCAUGUUCCUCAUGAAGUUCUUAUUCGAUAUUGCCUUUGUAUAUGCUGUGUCAACGGAGCGACGCAAUAUAAUCAAAGCCUAUAUGAUUAUGUGGAUCGUGUUCUUCCUCCUGUCCAUGUUCAUAUUCUUCCUCAAUUCCCCGAACAUGAGUGUCGGGACUAUCUGCACUGAAGUCGUUUAUAUUGGUCACAACGUGUACACGAUCCUUCUGAGCCACAGUUUCUACAAACAGCUGAACAGCAGGGAAGAGGUUUAAUUAUAAUCUUAAUAAGGCCAGGCGCGAACUAUCGGCACGAGAUACACACAGCAUGUUCACAUUUCCACCUUCUCGGCAUAUAAUUCCGGUAGACGAUCUUUUACAAAAAUCUUUUAACGCACUCAAACUUUCGACAUCUUAUACAAUCAAUUUCAAUGAGCGCGGGUGUGAUUUCAGGCAACAAUAGACUUGACACUUAAACUAUAGCAAAAACGUACUAAACAUCUUCGUGUGAGCGAGAUAGCGCAAUAGACACCGUAGA